CCUCUUCCCCGCCCCUGCUCCCGCUCCAGCUCCCGCUGCCGAGAGGGAGACGGGCGCCAUCAGCCGCGCUGCUUCGCGGAGAGUUUCCAGAGUUUCAGACUAGAGACCACUGAAGAAAAGAGUGAUUUAGGGAGAACCAUGGGAAUCGAUGAGGACAGCUUGAUGAUCCCCAUCAAUAAAGAUGCCUAUGAAGUGCUUAAGAAAAGAGAGAACUGUUUAAGUAGCCUCAUUUCCGAUAAGUUUGCAUGUACAUUGACCUUUAAAAGUACAAAUUGUGCAGUUGAAGUAUACAGGAAAAAAAUAAAAGAGGGACUUGACAUUUGUGUUUGUAAGGAUGAUCUUACAAGACACGAGGUUGAUGCUGUGGUGAAUGCAGCCAAUGAAUAUCUAUCUCAUCAAGCAGGUCUUGCUUUAGCCCUUGCAAAAGCUGGAGGAUCAGAAAUAGAAGAGCAAAGCCAGAUUUAUAUUAAAAAUUCUGGAGAAAUUAAAACUGGCAAAAUAGCUGUGACAAGCGGAGGAAAGCUGCCUUGUAAGAUAAUUAUUCAUGCAGUUGGUCCAAGAUGGAGAAGUCAAGAAAAGGAAAAAUGCUGUAACCUACUUCAAGAAGCUAUUACAAAUGUUCUGAAACAUGUUACUGCUGCAGAUAGUACUAUAAAGUCUGUUGCCAUCCCAGCAGUGAGUUCAGGUAUUUUUGGCUUCCCACUCAGUUUGUGUGCUCAAGUGAUUGUAAUGGCUGUAAGGGAUUUUUUUGUGACAAAUUCGCCAGGACCUCUCAGGGAAAUCCGCCUGGUGAACAUUUGUGAGGCUACAGUUGCAGAAAUGAAGAAGGCGUGUGAAAAGUUUCUGGCUGAUACAAGUUCACUUCAGGAAAUUCUCUCAGCUUCACCAAUACAGCAUUCACCAACUUUCAUCAGACAUAAAGGCGUUCGCUUGCGCAUCAUAAAAGGAUUAAUUGAAGAGCAGAAGAGCACAGCAAUCGUUAAUUCUGUGGAUGUGGAUGGCAAAUGCUACCCUCCAGUUUCAAGCAGACUGCAGAAAAAAGCCGGCUCAGCUUUUCAGAAUGAACUUAAGUCUCAUUUUGGAUUUUUCUCGUCUUCUAAGACACUCAUAGUAACAAAAGGGCAUAAGCUGCCCUGUAAUUCUGUACUGCAUAUUGUGUGGCCAAAAUUAUGCAACAAGGUGUUAUUGUGUGAGGAAUUAAAAGCUGCAGUGGCAAGAUGCCUGGAGCACUUUCGGGACUCCAAAUCUCACUCAGUUUCUUUUCCAUCAAGGGGGUUUUGGUCAGAAAUACUGCCUGUUGAUUUAGUGGCAGAGAUCAUGAUUGAAGAAGUGCUAAAUUUUGCCAGGAAACACCCUGAGAAGUAUAGAGAUGUACAGUUUGUCAUCUGUCCAGACGACUAUGCCUAUGAGGUUUUCCAGAGAAAACUUUACUCAGCAGAACAAAAACUGAGAGAAGAACAGCAUUAUAACACAAGUGAUAAUUUCAAAUCAAUCAGUCAAAGUGUAAAAAAGACUGCAAAUGGUGAACAAGCUAUUGAACUAAAAGGGGACAAGCAUUCAGCAUUGGAAGCAGCAGAAUCUUGGAUCCAAACCAUGGUACUAAUUCUAAAACGUUGCCAUGCUGUGAUUGAAAACAACUACAUUUUUAGCCUCGGUAAGAAAGAGUUUGCAAAACUGUGUCAGGAGCAGCGUUCUGGUGUUUGUGUAUCAGAAGAAGUGCGAGGUGCAAAAGCAAGCCUGAAAUUUCAAGGCCCCCCUGAUGCUGUGAUUGAUGCAGUGCUGGCAACUGAAAAAUUACUUCUUUGUAUGCAUGAGAAGACUACAGCCAAACAAAAGGAACUGCUAUACUUAAUGGGCCAACCAGAAGCAGGCCAGCUUUCAGGAGACCCUUACAAGACGAUUCCUGCUAGAGAUGUUGAGAUUUCACUGGUGAAACCGUACGUUCAAGACUUUAGAGACAGACAGAAACAGUUUGAAAAAGCUGGGCUUUAUGUUCUCAAGAUCCAAAAGAUACAUAAUCGUCUUUUAUCUGAUGUGUUCAAACAAAUGAAAAAAACAAUAGAAGGAAAACAAGGUAUCUCCACAGUGACCCACAAGUUGUACCAGUGUGUUCCUGCUGAGUUCUGUGCCUCCGUGUGCCAAACUGGAUUUCACAGGAUGUAUUCUCCACCAACAGAACAAAAGUAUGGAGCUGGCAUCUACUUUAAAAGGAACCUGAAAAACCUAAUGGAGGGUAAAGAAACAUGGGAAACCCACUCUACAGUGUAUGUGUUUGAGGCUGAUGUAAUAACAGGCUUAUACACUAAAGGCAAAUCAUCAAAUAUCAUGCCACCAGCAGUGGGGGGGGAUGCCACUGAGGUAUAUGACAGCUUGGUAGAUGAUGUAAAAUAUCCUGAGACCUUUGUCAUUUUCAAAAGUUUUGGGGCCCUUCCACAAUAUUUGCUGACUUGUUCCCAGGUGAAGAAGCAGCAUGUAUCAGUGCUGUAGCUAUUGUGAAGCUCCCCUCAGAACCAAGUCCAGUACUUAGGGUUUUAAGAGGAUGCUCUACUUGGUAACACAGUGAUCAAAGUGCCUCAAGUGCUCUAAAAUAUCUAUGAGCAAAACAUUAAGUACUUUAAGAUUAGAACAAAAUAAUCCAUAAAGAAUCACUAAGUAUAGUUUAAUGUUUAUCUAAUCCUUUAAACCUGUUACUACACCCUUGAUGCUUGUGUAGGCUGUCACUCUUCCAUUACAUUUUCUUAAUCUGAGAUACUGCAUAUGUAAACCCAGGAAAUCCUGGUUGUCUCUGAUACUUGUGUUUUCUUUUGAUGUAGACAGGUGAAUGUAUCAGAUGAAAGCUGUUUCCCACUUAGGGACAUGCUCUCACCACCCUCACAGAAAUUCUUCACUGGGAGGAUGCUGAGACACUGGCACAGAUUGCCUAGGGAAGUUGUGGAUGCCUCCUCCUUUUAAGUGUUGGCCAGGUUGGGAUGGGGCUUGUAGCAACUUGGUCAAGUGGGAGGUGUCCCUGCCCAUGCAGGGGGGUUGGAACUAAAUGAUGUUUAAGGUCCCUUCCAACCAAAUCUAUCUCAUGAUUCUAUGAUCCUAUUAAAUAUACAUCAAAUGUGAGGUAAUACUUCAUUAUUUCUAACAGUAGUUGGCAUUACAGUCUUUAUUAGUUAAGAGGUUUCUAGAACUGUUGAUAAAUGUACUCGAAAUAAAAAUGUAUGGAUGGCAUUUUUGGCUAACCUGUCAUUAUUCCAUAUAGUCCUAAGAAAGUGGCUUGGACAGUAUUUGAGCUUCAGAUUCCUCAGCAGUGUUAAAUCUGUUUGAAAGGCAACAAAAUAGUAGAGAACUGGCUCACAAUACAGAUUGAAACUGCUCUUCAACUAACCCAUCUUUACCAAUAUCUUUUGAAGGUUCCAGGGUCAACUGCAGAUAUACCCACAUUGCCUCUGCAGUGUCCUGAAGCCAGGGAACAGAAAAGCCUGGGAGUUAUUAUACUCAUUUCAGUGUAAAAGGGGAUUCAGAUACUCUGAAACUAUGUCUGACAUUAGCAGGGUUUAAAACACAUCUAUUGUCCCAAACUAAAUGCUAGUAUCAGAUUCGUCCCAUCUGAAGCAUUUAUAAGCACCAGUUACAGCUAUAACUACCACUCAAACAGUUUAUAAUAUUGCUGUAAUACAGAAAUAAAGGCUCACCUUUCAGUAUUACACCUCAUUCCAGAUGGAAAAGUCACCCACUGUGAAAACUGUAAUUACUUGGGGAAAAGGGCUUGCAUAAAACUAUAGAAAAAAACCAAGAUUGUCACAUGAAACAC